CACUCCCACCCCUCAAUUUUUCCCAGCCGCCACAGCCAUUCUUCCUCCCUGUCUUCUUCUCUCACGCAGCAGCUCCCCCAUUCCUCCUACACGGUAGCAGGCAGGGAGCCGAGCUCCAAGCCCCCAUGCCGCCGAGCUCCUCCCAGGACGCUGGCCUCUCUCCCCUGGCCGGCCCUCUGCUCCUGGCGCUCGGUAUCCCUGCAGCAGGACGCCCCUCUUCCUCGGCGCGCUGAAGCUGCUCCCAUGGCGCCCAUCUCUUCCUCCCUCUCUCUGCUGUCCAUGGCAAGCAGCCGAGCGCCCUCCCUGUUCUCCUCUUGGCGCGAGCUCCCUGCUCCUUGCUCGACGGCCAACAGAGGACAGCGACGCCCUUCUUCCCCAAUAGCAUGGAGCAGCGGCUUCCCUCUCCCAGCUCGUCCUCGCCAUCGCGCAGGGAAGAGCCAGCGCCCAGCAGCAGCUCACCCCAUGGAUGGCGCCCAGAAAAUUCCAGCCAGCGCCCCUUCUUUUUCCCCUGCUCGUUCUCCCUCGCGCAGCAGCAGCUCGCCCCACCUCCCCUCGCUGCACAGCUCCUCGGCGAAACACCGCUGUUCCUGCAGCCCCGGCACAUCCCCCAGCUUCCUCGCUGCGCGCAUGCCAAGUGCUCGGCAUAAUGUCGAGGGAGACGUGUUGUUGCAGCAUGCCGUGACGCUCGCUGGGUGUUCAAUGUUUUUGGCGCAGCCCCGCUCGCGACGCCGUCGAAACCCGUGCUAGUGGUCGACGCCGCGCUUCGCGCCUUGCCCGUUCGACGAAAUGCCGAGCCAUGUGGACAGCCCAUGCGUCUAGUCCCGACUCGUUCAGGUUGAUUGAUUUAUUGUUUA